AUGUUUCCGUUUUCUCAAGGGAGCAAGGUAGAAGACCUGACGGACCGUCUGGCGAAGCACGAACGGGAAAGUAUCGAUUCCCUUGCUGAAGCAGCUGGUGUAGAGGCAAAGCUCAUGCUGUCACCCAUGAGAGCUGAGGGUCAGGAGGGCCUUUCGAAGUUGCUCGCGUCUCAAGAAGUCAUCAACGCCAAGGACAAGGAAAUUAUCAGUUUGAAGGCAGAGGUCAAGGCUCUCGGCGAAUCGAAGGCUGAGUUGAGAGCAUUGGUUGCGGAAGCUAAGAAAGCGGUUGCAGAGAAAGACCGCGAGCUCAGAGCUAGGGAUUCAAAUAUCUUGUUUGAGCAAAAAGUCGAGGACCUGAAUUCGCAGGUCGAUUCUGCAGAGGCAUCGUUGAAAGUAACAAGAGAGUGGCUCGCACUGGCUGAAUCCGAGGCUCGUGAGCGUAAAGAGGAAAGCGACAUUCUGAAGACAAAGGUCGAGAGCCUUGAAGUCGCUUGGACCAAAUGGGAGGGCCUGAAUUCUAAGUUACAAACACAGAUUCACGAGCUUAGCACAAAAGAAGGCCUGGCUGUACGGACGACCCAACUGGUUCAAGCUGAGAUCAAGCGGGUCACAGCGGAAGCCAAGAAGGCCAGUUUCGCCAAGCGAAUCAAGUGGUUGGAUGAGCAAGAUGCGGCGAUAGUGGCAGGAAAUGACAUCAACAACGCACUCCAAAAUAAAUUGGAUGAGCAGACGGCUGCUUUAUCGCUAGUGAAGGACCAGAGCACUGCGAAUGAGGCAGGCGUUCAAGAGAUUGUUCACAACCUUAGGACGGAACUCGCUGUUGUCCAUGAGCAGAAACUCGCGCUUGAGCGUGAGACCGCCAACCUCAAAGCCUCAUUCAAUCAACUUACUCGGGAAUCCGCUGCCUCACUGGCAUCUGCUCAAGUGGACUUUGAGAAAAGGAUGAACCAGCAGGAGAAGGCUAACGAGCACCUUGUCUCGGCGCAGGAGAAACGCACUGUUGCCGCUGAGAAGGUGGCCACUCUGGCGGAGAAUGACGCUAAAGAAGCAAGAGUGGCGAGGGAGGAGCUUGCUGACCGACUUACAGAAGGACCUGGUGAAUCACAUUAUUCUUCAAGUGCAAACAUUAUCAAACAUUAUCCUUCAAACGCAAACGAGGACCUCGUCGCUCAGGAGAACGAGCUUCGAAGAGUUAGUGUUACCUGUGAACGCCUCGCAACUGGCCUCCAUAGUAGAAUUCAGUCUUUGGACGCAGCACUGGUGCAGAUGCUCCAAGAGAGGGCCAAGAGUGCUGGGCCUGACGCGAAGACUUUGUUGAAUUUCCGGAUUCCCAAACAACUUGAACAGGAAGAAAUGAUCAAACCACCAUCACCCAUCUCAAAACCUCAGCCCAGGGCAACUAAUCAAAAGAAGAAGAGCUUCAAGGCCCUUGAGGACGCCAAUUCGGACUAUGAGUACGACAACAGGGACAACGAUCUGAACGACUUGUCCGAUCUGGAGCUUUCGUCACCAACAGGGAGGUCCAUGAGAAAGCGGGGGUCGUUCUAUAUCACCGCCACCUACUGUGACCGUCGAGGAGCCUGUGGGGACAAAACGAAGCUUGGUAUGCACGUUCCUCUGCUCCGAUAUUCCCCCGCUGUUUUUCAACCCCAUUUUUCUGGGAGUUCAGAAUCCGGCUGUCGUUACGACGCCUAUCAUCCCGUCCCCGCAGGAAGAAGUUUCGGUUUCGACUUCCCCAGUAAAGUCCCUGAUGGGCCUGCCAAGACUUGUCAGAAGAAGUGCAAGUGGCUGGUUCGUUCUCAUUAUCAAUGUCCUGUUGUUCGAUCGUUUUGCGUUGCUUGGGACUCUGUUUUCCUAAUCCGACUGGUUUUUCCCUGUAUGCUCUGGCAUCUCUCUCGGGUUUUGCUCUUAGGCAAUUGUAAAUAUCUCCUCCUUGGCUAA